AUGGUGAUCGAGGGGCAACGCGAGGAUUUGGGGGAGAUUGACUACGCUGAGGACUCUGAUGACGAGCGCUCCUCAGACUCGGCAGCAAACGUGAUAUUUUCUGGAAGCGCUUCGAAGGUGGAUGUGAUCGACCUCUGCAACGACGAGGAUGACGAAGACGACGAAGACGACGAGGGGGAGUCAAUGCAGCACAGGAACCAUCAGAGCUCCCUUCCCGGCGAAGGUGAAGCAGAGGAUGGCAUGCCGGCGAACGCCAGCAAACGACUGCCCCAUCUCCCUGCCAAUCUGUCCGUACCUGAUGCCACCUCACACAAAGGAUCCGACUUCGCUUGGGAUAACGAACACCUCGAGCAUUUCGCAAGCCUUAGCGUCUUCGAGCUGCUCUCAGGCAAGGUCCACCCCGAUGACCUCUGCGGAACCCUGAUGCUUCGCAUCGCUCCUCACGUCGUCCACAAUGAGCUCUGGAGAAGAUUCAACGCGCUGUAUGAGCGCCUCAACCUCCGAACCAUCUCGACCCACGCCGUCAGCAAGCGCUGGCAGAAGGCGCUGGAGUUCCUUCACCCCGACAAAGCCGAAUACGACGCCAAAUGCAAGGAGAUCCGGGACGCACGGACAAAGUUGCGCGCCCAUGGAUUCAAAGCGCAAGACAAGCCUCCCAGUGGCGGUUGUAACGAUGGUCGCCGCAGUCGCCAGCAAGAGGAGCGGGCUAAGAACAAGGCUCGAGAAAAGACUGUGCCACCAACGGCAAGUGGUGUUUCGAAGGCAACAACUACUUCCUCGAAGCAGUCUGCCUCCUCGAAAACCCUUCCAUCGGCAAGUCCGGAGGUUGGCAAUGCCUCCACUGCCGCUCGUGAUCUUCAGCCUCCUACGAAGAGGGCGAAGACACAGAAAGCUCCAGAAGCCCAACUGGCCGGAGGAGACGUCGAGACGAGAACUACUUCACCAACACAGCCUCGCAGUACCGCCCAUCGCCUUCAGUUGCCAGGCUCUCAGGCGACACCCAUGGCUUUCACCAUCCCUGGUCUACAGGGAGCAAACAAGCAGAAUGAUCCAGAAGUCCAAAAGCUCAAUGACGACGAAGAAUUGCCGCAGUACCAGCCCAAGAACACACCAGACUUGUCAGCCAGGGAUCAAGCCAGGAUCGCUGUCCUGCAAGCUGAGAUCUUCGAGAGGAUGGAAGAAGUUGGGAGGCUGCAGGCGGGGUCAGCCUAG